ACUCCGAGUUGCUUCCGGAUGUCUCCAAUCCGGUUGGUGCGGGUCGAGCAGGACAUCACUACUUCACAAACCACACAAUCAAUCGUCGAUAUCGGUUGAGUGUGUUUAAAUGUAUUGUACUAACGAAAGAGUAAAAUCGGUUAUGUGUGGAAGUGUAGAUCGCGCGGGAAAAUAUUGCUCCGUAUGUAGUUGAAUGUUUUGAUCAACAAAGUGGUGUACAGAUUAAAGAUUCUCUCUUUUAUUUAUUUCAAGUUUUAUUUUCACGACAAACCAUUUACCAUGGAUAUAUUUGCAGCAGUCAAAAAUUCCAGUGACCUGAAGAAGCUAACCGCGGAUGAGGAAGGGUUGGUUCGUCUUUUGCAGGAAGCUGAACUUUUGCCGCCAACACAACAAUGCAGCAAGUGCAAGAGGCAAAUGAAACUGAAGGUAACCAAGCGCUCCAAUGCUUGCAAAUGGAUUUGCAAGCCUACAUCGAGCUGCUGGGAAUGUACUGUCCGCACGGAUAGUACUUUCAAAAAUUCGAGGCUGUCUCUAUCCCAGUUGAUGGAGAUAACCUUCGAGAGGUCUCGAAAUACGACGCGGAUGGUUGCGGAAGCUGAAUGUGCAGCCGGUAAGACAGCCAUUCUAAAAUGGUUCAAAAUACUCCGUGAAAUAAGCGCUGAAUAUGUGGAAACCCACCAACAACAGAUCGGAGGCAAAGGGCUCACUGUGAAGAUCGACGAGUCCGUCAUUACCAAACGGAAGUACCACAGAGGACGGAUCGCGGACAACAACCAGGUUUGGCUGGUCGGUAGUAUUUGUCGGGAGACAAAAGAGAUUUCUCUGGAGCUGGUUCAGAAACGCGACGCUGGCAACUUGCAGGGCAUCAUUAUGAACAAUGUGGCCCCCGGAACGACAAUUGUGACGGAUGGUUGGCGUGCCUACAUCGGAUUAGACGGAAAAGGGUAUGAGCACGAGAUGAUAAACCAUUCAGAAAAUUUUGUCGACCCAAGCGUUCCAUUAGUACACACACAGACCAUCGAGAAUUUAUGGCGCUGGGUCAAGCCCUUUUUAAGAUCUAAAGGCACAAACCGGGGAGCAUUGAUUGAAUAUAUACGCGAGUACCAGCUUAAGCGAGCCCAGCCUAACAAUUUCAUUACCAUCUUGCGUGCCAUCCAAUCAGUUCAGGAGUUUGAGUAA